AUGCAUUUAUCCAUUGUAGUCUCCGUCCUUUCGCUGCUUGGGCGAGUGCUUGCUGGCAGUGGCAGCACCGAGACUAGCGGCGCAAGCCACAGCGUCAGCUUCGUAAAUAAGCAUAAUUACUACUUCGACGUUGAUGGGAACGUGGUCAAUUCGGUCAACGGCAAGGUCGAUUGGAUUGACGAGCAGUAUUUCUGGGUUGUCAAUGCUUCUCUCAGCUAUUCUUCUAGAGACCUGGUGAACUGGUAUCGCAAUCCUACUGAACUAUUCAACAUAUCCCAGCCGGUAAACGCCCAAGCCUGCAGCGGUAUAUUCGGGUCCUGCGAUCGGCCAAAGGUGAUAUACAACGAGAAGACAAGAAAAUAUGUCCUCAUGGCGUUUGCUGCCCCCGGCUCUGAGCCCGGCAUUCCUGUCUUCACCUCCGACCACCUCACCCACGGGUAUACCUUCCAAGGCCACCUCAUCCAGAAGACAUGGUGGCCCGGACAGGGCGUUGAAGAUCUCAGUUUAGCCGUCAUUGACGGCGAGGGAUAUGUCAUCUACACAACGUGGGACAUGAUCAGUGCCAUCGUUACAGAUGGCACUCUAGGCAGUAUAUGGCCGGCGUUCAGCCAAACUGUUGUGAUUGAGAGGUUGACCGACGAUUUCCUCCACACCACCGGCGACACUUCCAUUGUCAUUCAAGAAGGUGGUGACUUUCCUGUCACGGCCAAUUCGUCUAACCUGGUUGAUGGGCAAGUUGAAUCGCCGGAUAUAUUCAAAAGAGAAGAUUGGUGGUAUAUGGUCGGAUCUGGGACUUGCAGCUUUUGUAACGGGACUACCACUGUCGCGUAUCGGUCAAAGAGCUGGAAGGGUCCGUGGACUUUCCAAUUCGUGGACUCCGACCUGACCUGUGGUGGACAGGGAAUGGGCGUCAUGACGGUUCCUCGUGUCAACAACACCGAGCAACAAUUCCUCUACCAGGCUGACCGGCCUUCAGUGGCACCACUCGGCCUUGGAUAUACCGGGGGCGCCAUCGGCCACGGCUUCUGGAAGCUCAACUUCAACCCCGACGGCUCUAUAAACAAAAUCGACUGUUCCCCAGAUGCACAAACAACAAUCCAAGCCCCCAUUGGCAGAAAGGACAUUCCAAGCACCGGGCUCGCAACAACCGCCACCGACGGCUCCGGAAAUAACAAGGACUACUGGGCCGAGUCAAAUUAUCCCUCAGCAUGGUUCUACCAGACCUGGACAUCCUCAAAAAGCGGGAAUCUGUCGUCUGUUGGAAUCAAUCUCAGUGCGAUAUCACCAAGCCGGGCUCUGUCGGUGUUUGUAUUCCGCUACCCUGGCGAGGCAGACUUCACCGCGCCAUUUUUCAAGUGGGAGACACUGGGCUGGACACCUGUUACGUCGGAUAACGUUACUUUAUCUCUCGAUGUCGUCCAAGUUCCCGUCGGUGCGAGUGUCAAAAAGGGAGAUAGACUGGGCUUCGCGCUGACAGUUGGGUAUCCCAUGAAGAAAGCGCCAUCGUUGCCGCGGUCUUCGCAGACUGCUUCGGUCUGGGGAUAUUUGAUGACGGAUCAGGUUGAGGAUGGGCAUGUUUUGUAUGCGCUGAAUAAAAGCCAUGUGUCGUUUCAGGAGGGGUAUAAGUCUCCGGUUAGGGUUUUGGAGAAUCGCGAGUUGAAGUGGUACGCCAGGGUUGAUUGA